AUGCGUAUUUUCAACGUGGAUCGCGUACAUUCUACAAUUUUCAAUCAUAGUAUUUUUGCUGUUAACCGGAAUACUCAAACGGAUUGGUGCCGAAUGAAUCAAAAAGUUCAAAUUGGUGUAACAAUGCGGCAUGUUGCAAUACAGAGUAAACGUACGCAAGUAAAAGAAAGGACAAAAAGGCAUGUCACAACGAAAGAUGCAGCCGUUCAAUUUUCUACGAAUAUUUCACAACAACAAUUGACAAAAGUAAUUGCUGAAAUGAUUUGUCAAAUUUUGGCCGUUAAUGAAAAAAAACAACAAUUACAAAAAAAUUCCGGUAUAGAGCUAUCAUCAAUUAUUGGUAAAAAUUUAAAUCAAAUUAAAUUUGAUGAUCUAUCUGGAAGAAAGAUUAAUUUACCGAAGAAACCAGCGAUGAAGAAAAAUGUGGAAUACUUUAAUGAAGCCCAGAAGCAAUCAUCAAAAUGUCAAAGAUUACAUAAGUUAAAAUUAGCUAAUUUAAACAAUAAUUUUCGGAAAGGGAAUUUAGUAAGGCUUUGUAAUAAGCCAAAGUUGGAAACAAAUAAACUUCAACUUCAACAUUAUGCAAAUUUUAUUAAUAAUCCACCGACUAGUUACAAUGUUAUCUGUCGGAGACAAUUGCUACACAAAUUAGAUCAAUUAAUUGAUCAAAAAGCAACAACGCUACAAAAGAUUCAAAAGUUAAAAUCAGUUAAUCUAAAUGAUACAACAAAAAAUUCGAAACGAAAAAUACAACGACUUUGUCAAAUAUCAUCCAAUCCAUUACAUCAAUCAAAUAAACAACAGGUAUUAUUAUCGACAGGUAAAAAUACUGCUAAUAUUUCAAUGUUAAAUGAUAAUUGGCAAUUAGCAAAAUCAACAAAUCAAAUUUUAACACAAAAAUUGAAUGAUAGUAAUAAAAAUAGCUUUGAUAAUAGCAAAUUACCGUUAUCGUCGACAACAAUAAAUGAAUGCACUUCCGGUUCAACGGUUCGAAAUUCAUUCGAGAAAUUAAAAAAAAAUUUGGUAACCGAAGAAUGGCGAAAUUCCGGUCAUACAAUCAGUGGUAGUGAUCCGGAAACAUCAUCGGAUAGUGAUAGUGAUAUUGCUAGUGUUGAUAAGAACGAUAACGAUAAAGACAAUAGCAUGGAUUCAACAGCUCGUACAGCUAGCAGCGAAUUUUCUAGUGAAGCUUUAACAAUUACUUCUGAGCUUCAAUCUAUCAAAUGA